AUGGCACAAGAUUCGCAGAGAAUCGUGAUACCAGAGGCGCUGCAGCUGUCCAGAGAUGACAUUGGGGUUCAAUUCGCGCUGAUGUGGGAGUUCAUCAAGGCUCCGUUGAUUGUCCCCUUGCUGCAGCUCGGCGUCGUGAUUUGCUUAAUCAUGUCCCUGAUGCUCUUCUGCGAGAGGGUUUACAUGGGCAUCGUUAUCGUCCUCGUCAAGCUCUUCUGGAAGAAGCCUGAAGAGCGUUACAAUUGGGAGGCGUUGGAGGAAGAUAUGGAGUCCGGUAGCUCCAACUUCCCCGCCGUUCUCAUCCAAAUCCCCAUGUUCAACGAACGCGAGGUUUACAAGCUCUCCAUUGGAGCUGCAUCGAAUCUAUCUUGGCCAGCGGAUCGUCUGGUGAUCCAAGUCCUCGAUGACUCGACGGACCCUGAAAUCAAGCAAAUGGUGGAAUUGGAAUGCCAGAGGUGGGCGAGCAAAGGGGUAAACAUCCGGUACCAAAUCCGGGAGACUCGCGGCGGGUACAAAGCCGGAGCGCUCAAAGAAGGCCUGAAACGGGGCUACGCCAAGCACUGCGAUUACGUCGCCAUCUUCGACGCCGAUUUCCAGCCGGAGCCGGAUUACCUCCGCCGCGCCAUUCCCUUCCUCGUCAACAACCCGGAGAUCGCCCUUGUCCAAGGCCGCUGGCGAUUCGUGAAUUCCAACGAGUGUCUGCUGACAAGGAUGCAAGAGAUGUCGUUGGACUAUCAUUUCACCGUGGAGCAGGAAGUCGGGUCGGCCACCCAUGCCUUCUUCGGCUUCAAUGGGACGGCGGGAGUAUGGAGAAUAGCAGCCAUUGAUGACGCCGGUGGUUGGAAAGACAGAACCACCGUGGAAGAUAUGGAUCUCGCUGUCAGGGCCAGCCUCCGCGGCUGGAAGUUUGUCUACCUCGGCGACCUUCAGGUAAAAAGCGAGCUGCCCAGCACAUUCAAGGCCUUCAGGUUCCAGCAGCACAGGUGGUCCUGCGGUCCGGCCAACCUGUUCAGGAAAAUGGUGAUGGAGAUCGUCAGGAACCAGAAAGUCCGGUUCUGGAAGAAGGUCUAUGUCAUCUACAGCUUCUUCUUCGUCAGGAAGAUCAUAGCCCACAUGGUGACAUUCAUCUUCUACUGCGUCGUGCUUCCCCUGACGAUCCUGGUGCCCGAGGUUCAGGUGCCCAUCUGGGGAGCGGUCUACAUUCCUUCUAUCAUCACGAUCCUGAACUCGGUGGGGACUCCCCGGUCGAUUCACCUGCUGUUCUACUGGAUCCUGUUCGAGAAUGUCAUGUCGCUGCACCGCACCAAGGCGACUUUGAUUGGGCUGUUGGGAGCUGGGAGGGCCAACGAGUGGGUUGUGACGGAGAAGCUUGGGAAUACCCUGCAGAAAGUUGCUGAUGCUGCUAAGAACAAGACUUCUGCUGCCAAGGCUAUCAAACGACACCGCUUCAAGUUUGCUGAGAGAUUGAACAAGACAGAGCUGGGGUUUGCAUUGUUCCUGUUCGUCUGUGGCUGCUAUGACUAUGUUCAUGGGAAGAACAACUACUUCGUAUACCUAUUCCUUCAGACCAUCACCUUCUUCAUAGCCGGAGUUGGCUACAUUGGCACCAUCAUAUAA